AAAUGACGUAUUUCCGGCGCUGGUUUUGAAGAUGGCGGCGGCUGCCGAGGUUUUGGGAAGAAACACAAACUCGAGCAACAGUCCGAACAGAUCCGAGAUUACACGGGAGACAAAUCCUGAUGUCUUGGUGAGCAAGUCUUCCAGCAAAGACCGUGCCCCUACCAUAGAGAAUACUAUUCAUGAAGGCAGUACUUCCAUGACAUUGGUUAAGGAAAAGGCUCAUCUGUAUGCAAAUAUGAUGGCUGACUAUGGAGAGCUGGAUGACACUGACCAGGACAGUCCACCAGAAUUUGAGAAGUUCUGGAAAGCAACUCAGGAAAAUCCACUAGACUUCAAUGCCUGGAUAGACUUACUGCAGUUCAUAGAACAUGAGGGUCACAUGCCUUCUGCUCGAAAAGCUUUCAAUGCAUUUUUCAUUCGCUAUCCAUACUGUUAUGGCUAUUGGAAGAAAUAUGUUGACCUGGAAAGGAGAUCUGGCUUUUGUUCUAAAGCUGAAGAGGUGUGUCUUCAAGCAUUGCAGAUGUUCCCUCUCAGUCUGGAUCUGUGGAUUCAUUAUAUUAAUUUUCUGCGGGAGACACUGAAUAUGAAUCUGAAGGAGUCUACAGAGAAAAUUCGCAGUGCAUUUGAAUCGGCAACACUAGCAGCAGGGACAGACUUCCGGUCUGAUCGUCUCUGGGAAAUGUAUGUUAAUUGGGAGAAAGAACAAGGGAAUUUGAAAGCUGUCACAGCCAUUUAUGACCGGCUGCUAAGGAUUCCCACCCAGCUAUACAGCAGCCACUUUGAGAGGUUCAAAGAGCAUGUGGCAAGCCACCCACCCCGUAAAAUACUGUCCAUUGAGGAAUUCUUGAGACUUAGGACCCAGGUUGUAUCAACCCAUACCACUUCAAAAACUGAGGAAGUUCAGGAUGGAUCAUUGCCAGAGGAUGCACCACCAGGAAUCGAUUCUACUGCUAAAGAUUUUGCAGAACAGGAACAGAAGGUUCGUGAGCUGCUGAUUGCUGAGAGACAGGCGGUUUUCCAAAACAAUGAAAUUGAAGUCAGCAAACGUUGGAAUUUUGAAGAGGCUAUAAAGAGGCCAUAUUUCCAUGUGAAGCCACUAGACAGAGCACAGCUGCGGAACUGGCAAAAUUACCUUGAUUUUGAGAUUGCCAAUGGUUCACACGAGCGAGUUAUUGUACUCUUUGAGCGCUGCAUGAUUGCAUGUACACUAUAUGAAGACUUCUGGUGCAAGUAUACGAAAUACAUGGAAAAGCUUAGUGAGGAAGGUACAAGGAAUGUUUUUCAAAGAGCCUGUGAGGUACACCUUCCAAGAAGACCUAAUAUUCACCUUUUGUGGGCUACUUUUGAAGAGCAACAUGGUAACCGUCAAGAAGCCCGGCGCAUACUGGAAAAUUUGGAGCAGUUAGUUCCAGGACUGGCAAUGGUGCGAUUGCGCAGAGCUAGCUUGGAAAGGCGGGCAGGGAACAUGGAGGCAGCAGAAUCGCUGUUGCGGGAAGCAGUGCAGUAUAGCCAAGGAACUCCACUCCAUGCUUUUUAUUCAAUAAAGCUGGCCAGGCAGCUACUAAGGGUUCAGAAGAACCUGGGCCGUGCUAGAAAAGUUCUGCUUGAUGCUAUUGAAAAAGAACCGGAAAACGGCAAGUUGCAUAUGAAUUUGUUGGAGCUAGAGUUCAGUGCAGAUGUGCGACAGAAUGAAGGCAACAUUCUACAGUGUAUAAAUGGAGCACUGAGUAGUAACCUGCCACCUGAAAUGAGGAAAAUUUUCUCACAAAGACGUCUUGAGUUUCACGAGGACUUUGGCACUACCAUACAAAGUUUGCUUACUGCUUAUGAAGAGCAUCAAAAGUUACUUGAACUAUCAUCUAGGAAGAGAGCUGCAGAAAAUGGAGACUCUGCUGAAUCAGAAGAGAAAAAAGCAAAAACAGAAGAUGGCCUUGCUGUCACACAUUCUGUUAUGUCUCCGUCUGUGUGUGCCACUACUGGUAUGAGUUCAAUGCCAAACAGCAUGACGGGAGAUGUGAUGAAUAAUCAGAACUCUUAUAACUAUAGUGCCUGGUAUCAGCAACAUUAUGGAAGCUAUGGAUAUCCAUCCACAUGGAACUACAAUCAGUAUUACUCCUCGAGUUAGAAGAUUGUUAAUCAAAGCUGAGCAAGUCAAUGAGAAGAACCGUAGUCCUGCAGUUUAUUCUUUCCUUCUAGGGCCAAUUACUACCACUUCAUACUGAUGUUACCCUUUGCUUUUAAAGAUGCAGAUUUUUCUUUCAGUAGCCAUUAUAUUCAAAUGUAGAAUAUGAUUAAUGCUGCAGGAAGUGUAAGACUUGAAAAACUGAGCUAAAUUUUGUUGUAUCAAGCUCAUACUGUAGGAGAAUUGACAAAGGCAAAUUAACAGGACAAAAAAAUAAUAAUUUGGUCAACUUUACUGUACUUGGCUGGUGUCCUUUUUUUUUUUUCUUCUUCUUUUAAUACACUCGGAAAUAUUUGCCAGAAAAGUGGUGAUUGCUGUAUGUGGCAAUGUAAAUUGUUUGGGACAGGGAAUGGUUUUAUGAGUCAAGUAUGGCAUGAAAAAAAGCCCUGAAUCUCAGCCCAGUCUGAAAAGGUCAAGUUCCAUAUAACUCAGGAUACUAUUUAUUUUUUGUUGAGAAAUUCAAAUAGAUUUGGUACAUUGUUGUUUUUAAAUUUAAUGUGAACAUGUUGUAUCUGUGUAAAACGGUGGAAUAUUAUGCAUUUAAAUGUACACAUUUCUACUUAGAAAAAAUGAUAUUUCAUGCCAUUAAAAUACAUUAAGUGAUUUGUAUACAUAUAAAUUUGUGGAAAUAUUUCUACUUUAAUGUUUAGAUUUUUAUCUGCAUUUGAAGUUAAAGGUCAGAGUAUUUACUUCCUUUAGGUGCAGAUUUGUUUUAGCAGAAGAAAACUAACAUGCCAAUGUAUUUUUUUUUAACUGCUUGAAACCCAAACUGAAUAUGUAUUUUACAUUCUUAUUGAAAGCUGACGUGUUAAUGUAAAUCUACAUGUUUGAUGUAGGCUGAGCAUCCACUUUUUUAAACAUGAAUUCAUAUUUUUCCAAUAAAAUUAAAGAAAAUAUUUA